AGCUUUCGGCCCAGAGUUGCUGGGGACAAGCCUGCAUGGCCAUUGCUGCCUGCGUCCGGCAAAUUGGGACCAAGCCAAUGCAAGCUUCCGGACGGAUUGGCCUGCGCCAUGAGGCUACGUUGAUGGCCCAGACCCUACGGGCUCACAACCCUCCCACGGCAACUGCAGAACUGCUCACAAGGUCGGCAGCUGCAAAAAGUCAAGGAGUCGCCCAUGCCAGCUACAAUGCUGAGCGUUCUGGCUUGGCUGUCCUGGCUGGGUCAGCGGCAGGCGCUUGCCGCCGACGUGUCCCUGGCAGGCGACACCACUCAUCUGUGGUUGCAACCGCCACGGCAACACUGGAGGCUCCUACAGAGAUCCUGCGAAAGGACUACCAACAGCCGACCUAUUGGAUUCGAGAGGUGAAUCUCACGGUGAAAAUAUUCGACGGCCGUACAGAGGUCGUCUCCAGAAUGCUCUUGGAGAAGAACACUGGUGGCCGCCUGCCGUUGGAUGGUGAGGACCUGAAGCUCAAGAAGGUGUCUCUUUGUGGCAACGAGCUGAAAGAAGGUGGUGGAUACACUUUGGAGAAAGAGAAGUUGAUCAUUUCAGCGGAAGCUUUGGAAGGAGGUGAUCAGGAGGAUCUUUGGUUGGAGACAGAAGUGGAGAUUGUGCCGGAGAAGAACACUCAGCUCUCGGGCUUAUAUUUUAGUGGCAGCAUGUACUGCACACAGAUGGAAGCUGAAGGCUACCGGCGAUUCACUUAUCACUUGGACCGGCCUGAUGUCAUGUCCAAAUUCACCUCUGUGAGACUGGAAGCAGAUGAGUCCAAAUGCCCAAUCUUGCUCAGCAACGGAAACCGUAUUGAUUCUGGCAAGCUCGAAGCAGGGCGGCACUUUGCGGUGUGGUCGGACCCCUUUGCCAAGCCGUCGUACCUCUUUGCGGUGGUGGCUGGAGAUUUAGCCUCCAUUCAAGACAAGUUUUUGACGAAAUCUGGGCGAGAAGUCCAUUUGGAAAUCUUUGCCGCAAAGGAAGACAAAGACCAGUUGUGGCACGCUAUGCGGUCCUUGCAAAAUUCUAUGAAGUGGGAUGAAGACCGUUUCGGCCUAGAGUACGACUUGGACAUGUACAACAUUGUGGCGGUCAAGGACUUCAACAUGGGAGCCAUGGAGAACAAGAGUCUGAACGUGUUCAAUACUUCUCUUACCUUGGCGCGGGAAGACACAGCCACUGACGAUGAUUACGAGCGCAUCGAGGGUGUGAUUGGCCACGAAUACUUCCACAACUGGACAUGGUUUUCCAGUUGCUAUCCCAAUUGUGCCAAAUUGAGAAAUUGCUCAAUUUCUGGGCUGGACUCGCAACAGACGGCUACUUCUGUUAUUCUUGAAAACAAAUUAAUGUCGACACUGCAACAACGUCAGCGUCAGGACUGGGAAUCGUGUGACUUGCCGCGACUGGUUUCAGCUGACUCUAAAGGAGUGCAGCCUGGCCUAAAAGGUUGUGGAUCGAGCAGGCUUUGCAGUGACUGGCGUGACACGGGCCAGGAAAGCGAAUGAUGCAUUGUUUCAAUAGCUUAGUGGCAGAUUUGUUCAUGUGACCUUGACUGAUCUUGGUCUUGUGCGUCUCUCAUAUCUGAUCCUAGAGAGGGAAAAGCAAGCGCAUUGGCAAAGAAUAGUUACGAAAGAAUUCAUUCAGCUCGCUUCGCUUGUGCCGAGAUUG